UUUUUGCAAAAAUCUAAGUGCACUGUGAAUGUUAAGCGUCACCUGGUUUGAGUGUAUAAUUUAAUCAAAUUAAUCAAAUACGAACCUUUAGAGGCUUUUGUACCAUCCCUGAUAUGUAGCCCCCUCGAACACCUUUCAAGUAAUGUACUUCAAAAGCCAGUGCAAGUAAGUACUGCGUUUUGACUUCGUCGGCGUCUUGGGCCCCAGGUGUUGCGGCUGAUGGUGUGUGUCACGACCAUGGUGGAUCUGGCGUCACGACGCCUCGAGCGGUUGACGUCGGUCCUGUUUUAGCUCAAGCUUGGCGACGUCGGUGCGAGCGUCUCCAGUAGUUCGCGCCGACUGUGGCGGAGUGCGGUGCAGGUAGACAUCUCAUGGGAAACGUUGCCUCGGAAUACCAUCAGCGUCCGAAAGUCGGCUCAAAAUGAAAGUUGCAACAGAUCUUCCCUUACAUGAUAAAUUUCCCCCACGAUUUCGAGACGAAGGUUCACAAUGCGUUUCAGUUGCUGAAAACGGAACUGCGGUUCUUUCAGCCGAAUUAUAUGAAAUAGGCAACGAUAUUAAAAUUAUAUGGUCUAAAGAUGGAGCUCCUAUAGCACCUGAACCACGCCGAAGGCUCAAAAUUACCGCAAACAUAGUCCAGCUCACGUUAGACGACGUCCAAAAAAGUGAUGCUGGCAUGUACACUGUCACGGCCAAGUCGCCUUCUGGGACGGCUUCCAGAGACCUAGAAUUGAGGGUAAACAGUGGCAAAACUACAGACGAUAAUGAUGAACCUCCGGCUUUCCUUCGACGACUCAACGACCUCUCCGUUAAAGUUGGCACAAGAACUAGGUUUCUUGUCGAAAUAAGAAGCUGUUCCGAACUGACGAUCGAAUGGUUCCACAACGAAGAAAAAGUGGAGGAAGGAGAACGAUUAAGAUUCGUCAACGAAAGUGGUUUUCACUGCAUCGACGUCGCCCCGGUUACAGCUGACGAUGCCGGAAGAUGGACCUGUACGGCUCGAAACGGGUCCGGGCAAGCAACGAGCACCUGCCAUCUCAACGUACUCGUACCGAAAACUUACAAACCUCCUGAGUUCCUGGAAGAACUGCGCGCUCUUCUAACCGAACAAGGAACCGUGUCGCUGGAGUGUAAGGUGGUAGGAGUGCCAACUCCUUUACUUCGCUGGUUCAAGGAUGGAAAAGAGAUCAAAGCUGGAGACGUUUUCGCCCUCACUGCAAAUCCUGACGACCCAACUUCGCUUGGAACGUACGUCUGUGAGGCUGUCAAUUGCAUGGGCAAGGCUGUGUCCAGUUCCAAAGUCCAUGUGGUUGGAACGGGAAGUAGGGAAGGGUCCCUUAAACCAGCCGAUAGUUCUAUUCCAUCUGGUCCUCCACCGAUAUUCACACGAGACUUGCAAAACGAAUCAAUCAAAAUUGGUGAUCCUUUAUUGUUAUCCUGUCAAGUGUCUGUACCUCCCUGGCCCAAAUCCGUGGCAUGGUAUAACUCCGAAGGCCGAAUCAACGACGAAAUCUCAGGUAGUAGGUACCGACAGAUGGCAGAUGGACUCGGAGGAUACAUGCUUGAAGUCAAACCCACAGAAGCGGCAGAUCAAGGCGAAUGGAAAUGUGUAGCAACCUGCCUGGAUGGUGCCAUUUCCAUUUCCACCUGUGACGUUAAAAUGACUAUACCGAAACAUUUUCGAAAACCUCGAUUUAUGGAUACUCUUAAGGCAGUAUUAACCGAAGAAGGCCUAGUUUCCUUCGAAUGUAAAGUAGUAGGUUCCCCCACCCCCGUAUUACAGUGGUUCAAAGACGGCCAAGAGUUAAAACCGGGAGAUGUCUACCAACUAACAGGAACAAACUCGUUAGGUUCCUAUUGUUGCAUUGCCAAAAACUGCAUGGGCGAAGCGCGAAGCUCGGCUGAGCUAACAGUGGAAGACAUUGAAAGUCAGCUUAAUGACGAGGAGCGAAAUCAAUUAAUUUUAAGAAGCCAAGCACCCAAAUUCAUUCAUGGCUUGAAAAGUGCCGAAGCGAGAGUCAAUGAACCGUUCAGGUUCACAGUCCAAAUCAGUGUAACAACCCCUCUACCAACUUUAUCGUGGUACCGGGACGACCAACCCCUUGACAACGAACCCGAGCGUUACGUUGCCUUGAAGGAGAAUCUAGGAGUUGGCCAUUUGGAUAUAACACGAGUGGAAUUUAUGGACCAAGCCGAGUGGAAAUGUGUGGCAACGAACGAAUUUGGCCACUCGGUCACCUCCUGUUUCCUCAAACUUAUUAUUCCCAAACAUUUCAAAAAGCCCAAAUUUUUGGAAUGCCUACGAGCGGUUUUAUCCGAAGAAGGGGCCGUUAAUUUAGAGUGUAAGGUAAUCGGAGUCCCUCCACCAGUACUCAAGUGGUACAAAGACGGAGUUGAGCUGAAGCCGGGUGACAUUCAUCGAAUCACUUCCGGAGAAGAUGGUACUUGUUGUCUUGGUACUUACACGUGUGAGGCGAGAAACUGCAUGGGUACGGUGGCCAGUUCGGCAUCGCUUCUUGGUUUCGAAGACCAGAAGACUAGAGCUCAGCAAAGAAUGGAACUGGCAAGACAGCCCUCACUGUCGACAAUUCAUGAAGAAAGGACUUCGCAAAUUUACGACACGGCUGGUGACCAGUCCCUUACUAUAGACGAUAAAGGAGAAGUUUCCUUCUCGUUUGAUGGAAAGGAAGUUUCCGUAUCAUUGUACGAAACUCCAGACUUGACCGAAGAAGAGGCAAUACAAAUUGUCGAGAUGUAUGCUGACCAAUUAUCGGAACAUGUUUCUGAACAUAAUAUUGUGGAACUACCUCCGUUGAGAUUUGUCAAGGAAACUUCAACUUCCGGUAAUCUCCUAAUGGAAGCGGUGGUUGUGGACGUUUCUGAAAACUUCUUCACUCCUGAGGAGCAAGAUUUACGCACGGAAGCUGACGUUGAAGAAAUAUACUCAAUAACGGACGAAACUGGGCAAUUGGUGUCGUCUGUUACAUCAGAGAAGCUCAAAAUUGACGUAUCAACUUCAAGUGGUGACGCUCCUAAAAGACCUCCUAGGAAAUCGGAUUCACAGAAGAGCAACUCCUAUUACAGUUUAACCAAAAAUCUGUCACUGGAAUCGGGAGCCGGUGAGGAAAGCUUGGCGGUGGUUGCCGAUCUAGACACGGAGUCUUACGGUGAGUACGAGAGCGCUAUUAGUUCAGAGAAAUUGCCGGAACAAGAGCGGGCCUUCCAAGUGGCUGCGAUUACCGAAACUACAAGUCUUCCUGGAGAUGAUAUCGACUCCAGAAGGCCGCUAACUCCACGUACCACGCAUGAAAUCGGGUCAGAUUUGAGAGUCAACAGAAGCGAAAGUCAAGAAUUAAACAGGAGUGCACGAAGGCGGUCAUCUCAGAGUUCGGACGAAAUGUCCAAAGACGGAUUAAUGAAAAGACCGCCAAAGAAGACCAAGAGUUUGGAUAUUCCCGACGAUUAUCAAAGAGACAUUCAGGGGGAAGAAGGCGACGGUUUGGUCAUCGAUCCUGAAGUAAAUGCCGCCAAACAACUCGCACUUAAAAAGGAAGAGUUGCAAACAAUCGACGAAUUAAAACUAUGCAUUUCGGAAAUACAGCAAGGCUUACUUUCGGUCGAGGAAGAGUUAUUUGUGCAAACCACUCUAAAAUCGACAUCAGCUACCGCUAAACAAAGUUUGGAAACUUUAAGCAGCAUCUUGCAACCGUUCAGAGACAUUCAGACAGUUUUGCUAACAAUAGUCCAAGAAGAACGCAAGCCGGACAUAUCAGCUGUCGAGCUAAUCGCUCCACCGAUUUUUGAACUGCAAAAAAGCUUGUCGGUUGUGGAGAAAUGUAUCGAAAUGAGGGGCAAAGAACACACUCUAAUUCAAAAAACUUGUGCCAACAUCCUGGACACAACCGGACUACAACUACAGAAGAGUCUGCAAUUGAUUGAAUCCAUCACUCUUUUGGAGAAAGAACUAGACACUACUAAAAUUUCCGGUCGAAUGACUCCCUCGAAAAUUAUCCAAGAAGUGUGUAUUACCAUUAGAGAAAUACAAACAGGGCUACAAAACGCCGACGAAAUUUUGCAAACCAAACACAGCGAAAGUUCGCAGAAAUCUUUUGAAGAUGACUCGAGCACAAAAACGCUUAAGAAAGAUUUAAUGUCGUGUAUUGAGAUUCUGGCACAUGACCUCCAAAGCGGUUUGGAAAAUAUUCAACUUUAUGAAGAGUUAGACCCACGUUUUCGCGAAUCCUCCAAGAAUAUACUAGCCAAUCUGUCUGAACCAACCAAGAGUUUGAUGAAAGAAAUGUCCAGCAUCAGUAAAUUAUCAAUAAGACAUGCCGCCGAAAAAUCCAUUGAACAAGAAUUAAGACUAGCGCUAAUUGACAAACUCUCACAUCCCUUGGCGGAACUCGUCAAUGUGUUAGACGACUUAAAAAAAAGUGACUCUGCCGAUUUCCGAUUUAGUGAAAUUAAAGAAAAGAAGGCGAUCAUUGAUGAUUCUGUUGAAAAAAUCGUCCAGUCGGUUGCAACAAUAAAAGGAAAAAUUCAGCCUGGGACUAUAAUCGAACAAACUAGUCCUGAAGUAACCUCACAGGACAUCGUCAAAGACGUGUUCGAUCAAGUGAGCCAAAUUGUGCUCAGUAACAUCACUCAGUCGAUCGAAGAUCUGCUCUUCAACAUAGAAUCCGCCCAAAAAGUGGUUGCCGACACUGUUAUUUUGGAAGCGCUGAGGCAAAUAUCGACACUCCAAAAAGAUUUGGCCACAACUAUUAUCAAAGUUUCUCAAAUCAAAAUAGAACCGACCCUGAAUGCCAUCGAGAGUUUGGCUCAACCUCUUGACGUGCUAAAUAACCAACUAUCGGAAAUAACGCCUACGACGGGAAGGGAAGUUUUGGACGAUCUUAUUGCGUCGUUGAAUAUUUUAGAAGAAAGCAUAAUUGUGGAUGAGGAAAGACUAGAGACUAUUGAUUUGUGUAUUCCAUUUUCGAUACUCCGGGGACGAACGAGUGAAGUCCGGGAAAAUAUUUGCGGCUUAACUGAGCACGGAAGAGUCCCUGAGUCGCUAUCUGAAGAUUCGAAAGAAGGAAGUGUUGUUGUUAUUCUUGAAGAAUCUUCAGAAACCGUAGUUCCUUCAGCGUUACUGGAAGACACAAGACAGGCAAUUUCGUGUUUAGAAAACGAGACUAGAAAUAUUUCCAGAGACUUGGCUGUGCCUCUCAUGAGUUGCGUGAGGACUCUUUUGGAAGUCACUGGUGAACAAGCGUUAGAAAAGAAGAAGGAAGAGCUAACUCUAGACGAACGAAUGGCUUUGCAGAACUUUGUGGCACCUCUUGAACAAAUAGAAGACGCCCUUAUAGAGGCACAAGAUGUUCUAAACGAAACUCCGGGAGCUUCCCGAGAGAGUGACAAAAUUCGAUUGAUUCUGGAACACAUUCAAUACAAUGUCGCGGUGAUGCAUCAACAGAUCAUGGAUGAAGUCAUGUUCCUAGGACAGCUACAGCCACAAAAAUGUAGUCUGGAUGACCUAAAGAGGUCCAUAGCUAACGUCCUCAUGCUACCAAUAAUGCAAGAGGCACCGCAGUCCGAAUUUAUAGCUUCUGCUGCCGUUGGUAAAGCAAUUAUCGAAAACGUUUGCGAAUUAGAGAAAUGCCUGGCUACGCUUUACCAAGGGACAAUCGUCGAAGGAGUUGAAAAAAUUGAGCCGGAACUGUACCAAAAAGCUUCUGAAGUUGUGGAGUGUGUGGAAAAAUUGACAAAUCAGGCGCAUUUCAUGGAAGGGGACGAAUCUGCGAUCACAGCACAAGACAUAAACGAACUGAAGAAAAUUUCAGGUUCGUUACGGCAGCUGGACGACAGUGUUUCAAAUAUUCAACAGUUUGAAGAACAGAAAAAGAAGGUUUUUGCUACCCUCAGAUUGCCUCUCUUAAGUCUCAAUGACUUGAUUUUGGAUGUAAACCACGAGACGUUCCGGAGGUAUGUUCCCCAGAUUGAGGAAACGAUCGGAGAUGCUUUAGAAGUGUUAACAAUUGAGCAAAAUCGAGGAGACAUCACUCCCGAUCUUUUAGAACCUCUCAGUUCUUUAGAAACGGUUUUAAAUGAAGUUAAGGAAAACGUUCGUGCUAUUGAUCAAACACCCCUGUGUUUACGAGGUUUGCACAUGUCAUUGAGUCAGUUAUUUGACCGAGUUAGGGAGUUAAAUGUGCAUUCUGGGCUAAAAUAUAUUUUGAAAUCGCUAAGAUUUAUGAUAGCAGCCUUUGAAGAAGCUUUGAAGGAUAUAACGCCUCCAGCGAUCGAAAACAUUAUUGUCACUCUUCAAACACUGCAAGAAUCUUUAAAUGUUGUAGAAGCCAAACACCCACAAAUCGGAGAAAUACGAGAGGAAUUGUCACUCUUAUCAAAGUGUGAGGACUUGUCCCAGCUUGAUUAUUCCGAAUCACAACAGUUAGAAAAUGUGAUCAAAACAAUGCAAGCUGUUUGCGAUGCCGAUGAUUUAAAAACCGGCGCAGAAAAAUUAAAUAUGGAAGUUAACUCAUUAAAUAUGUCCCAUCGAUCAAUCAAAAUUGUUGAGCACCUACAAAAAGUCGCAUCUCUUCUCAGCAAAAUCGUAAUCGCUGAAGCCGCCAGCCAAGAGAAACCUGAAAUUUCUGUGAUAAAUCAAUUUAGUGACGCUGUGACAGCUUUAAUGACUACAGACAUCAAAAAACUUACGACUGAUCGGAAAUUAUUAUAUGAUGAACUUCGCUAUACACUACCGGUCUUGAAGGACAACGCACAAAGUGCCUUUUUGGAUGAGUUUGAACAAGAAAUAGUUAAACAAGCGACGAAAGUCGUAUGCCACGUUCUAGACUAUAUAAACAAUCAGGAAAAUUUAACGACUGAAAUACUGUUACAGUGUGUUAGCCAAACAAAUGACACGGUUAAGACACUAAAAACUAAUAAAGAUUUAAUAAAAAAUAUCUGUGUUUUGUACUUUAAGACAGUAAAUACCUUACAAAAUAUUAAAAAGGAGGAAGAUCAGAAGAAAGAAAUUAAGCUGCAACAUAUUCAGAUGGUUUCUGAUUCGGUUCAAAGCUUUGCUAAGCACAUUGCAACAAUCAAAUACUCCAAUAUUGAUAAAGACAAAAUUCUGUCUUUGCAAAAGUCGCUCUAUCCCUUGCAAAUGGCAGUCAAUGACUUGAGUGAAUUAGAAUUAACAGAUAACGAUUUGAAAUUUCUUGAAAAUAUUGCCAAAAUAAUGACCGACCUUGACACAUUCGUGUCGUCAAAGCUCGCAGUUACUGAAGAAAUUUUAACAAGAGGUCUUCCGAAAAAAGAAGAUAUUAUUAUUUUGCUGAAUAUUCUUAACAAAGCGGUGAAAUCAGUUGAAGAAAACUCUCCAAUUCGGAAAAUCUCACAUCUGUUAAACACUUUAACGGAGAAUAUGCCUGACGUUGCUCAACAAUUACAACAAGCAUUUACCAAAGAAGUUAAGACUGAGAUAGUUAAUCAACAGCUACUAGCACCACUGAAGCAAAUUGAGGAAAAGUUGUGUCAGCAACCUCAGCAAGUGGACUUCAGGCAGGAUUUAGAGAAAAUUCAAGAGAAGUUGGUUCAAUUUAAUGACAUCCUUCAGGCCGAAUUAACUGAAGAUGAAGUUAAAUUUUCCGAAAACAUUAAACUUUAUGUUGAUGAGUUGAAAAGAAUUGAUCAAACUGAGGAUUUAUUAUCUUUGAGAGAACGUGAAAAUAAUUUAAUUCAAGCAGAAACUGCUCUUAAAGUGCCGCAUUUACAAGCUUUGGCACAAACUGUGUUAGCAACAGGGAAACGAAUACAAGAACAAAUUGAAAAACACAAGGCACAACAAACCGAGGAAUCAAUUAAACCGAUACAAGAAUUUGUUGCACCAAUUAAAGAAAUGCAAAGCAACCUUCAAACUUUACAAAGUCUGGAUUUGCCUGAAAGUGAAAAAAUUCAAGCCAUUUUGAGUGAGGUGCAGAAAUUGGAGCCAAUUGUUCUAGAAACAACUUCGCUUUCGCCUUCAGACAUGUCACUAGUCGAAGCUGAAAAGGGAUUAUUACUAGAACUAAACAACUAUAUUUCGUCUCAGUUAAUAGAACCAAAGUUUGAAGAAGAUGUGUUUGAAAGUUUUUCAAAGAAAGUCGAAGCACUGAAAGCCACACCAAGCGACAACGAAAAAUGUGUGAAAAUCUGCAAAAUAAUGGACGCUACAGUCCAAAGUAUUGGCGAAAUAAUCGAAAUGAAAAAAUCUGAAGAAGCUGUCAAAGCAAUUAAACCUAUGGUCGAAAAACUGGAAACUCUUCGUGAAAGCAUUAUUAAAAUUGAGGGCCAAAGCGCGUCAGCCGAGAAGAAAGCAGCUGUUGUUGAAUUGCAAAAGUCUGUUCAAGCUGUUGAAGGAAUGAUCGGAAGCAAUCUGCCUCUUGUUCUUCAAGCCGACGAAAAAAUGGUCAUCGAUGCAGCAAACAAUACCCUGAAGGAACUCAACAACUUCAUGGAGCCUCAGGGGGAACAAAGAGCCACUGUUGAAAGUGUCAAAGCUGUGAUUGACGAUUUGCGUCUAGCGGUUGUAAUUCUUCCGAAAGAAUCGAAAAUAAAGGAAACGAUGGAACAUCUGGAAGAUACCGCCAAGAAUGUUAUUAAUUUAAUGGAAGAUGUUCCCGCACCGGUGGAAACUAAAGUUAAAACAAUAAAAUUGGUGAAAGAUAUGGAAGAGAAAAUAAAAAAUAUCAACAAAAGUCAGUUGUCCAAAGAAAAACAGGAGAUGCUGAACAAAAUGACACUAACCACCGUUAAGUUUGUUGAGCUAUUGCAAGUUGUUAAGGUUGAAAAUGAAGUGGAAGAACAUGCUGUUUCCCUACUUCAUGAUUUGUUACAACAAAUCGACGAUAGUUUCAACUGCAACGAACUGAGUGACGAAAUCAAUUCAAAGUUGAAAAUCUUCAAAACUGAUGUGACCAAAGCUCAGAAGGGUUCACCACUCGUGGAAUUCCCAGAACUUCUUGAAUUUUUUAUAAGCCAUUUGGAGAAAUUCAUAGUAAAGAGUACAAAAGAACCGUUGCUUUGCAUCCCUCUCACAACAUUGCAAGACACUCUGCAGUCAUUACAAGAAGCAAUUUCUACCACAGAAGCAAAACCCGAAGAUAAAGCUACUAAAAUCUUAAUCACGGAGUUGCAAAGACCUCUCACGACUUUACUGUUCGUCUCUGGUAGUAUUUUAGACGAUAGAAAAGCCAAAUUAUCACAAGACGAUUUAAAUCAUAUCACUACAACUUCGGAGGCGGUGGAAGAUUUGAGCAGAAUCAUUGAAGCGGAAGACGAUGAGAUGGACAAAGCUAAAAUGUUAGAACACCAAGCUGACAAACUGAAAGUCCUACUGGCUAGCAUUAAUUUAGAAUCGCAAAUCAAAGAUUUGAUAGAGCCGCUACAAGACGUUCAAAACUGUGUUAAAAAAGCAAAAGAGAAAGCAAUAAUUAAGCAACAGGAGGAAGCAGUGCAAAAACAACAAGUUGUUACGAAACUUGCCAAAUCUCUGAAAAAUUUCAAAGAGUGUGUUGCCCAUUUGGUUGAAACUAAACCGACAAGCCUUACUUUCAUCGUACUAAAAGACCUAGAAAAGCCGUUACAAGCUGUCAUUCAAGCUGUGAGUGAGGUGGAAAGCACAAAAAUGACAAAUCAAGAUUUAGCAAAACUGAAUGAACUGAAUGCCACUUUAGAGCGCGUAGCUGAUGUUCAAGAUGACAUAAGUGAGCCUUUGCUAGUGUUGCAAGACGCAUUAUCUACUAUUGUAACUUCCCACGAGCAAACCCAAGAUAUUAGUAUUCCAAAAACCGAACAAACAUUCCUUCAAUGUAUUUCUGAACCUUUGGAAGAACUUGGGACGGCGGUCGGAAUCACUCAGUUGGUUUUAGAAGAACCCAAAACUAGUGAAAUUGAAACACUUUUACAAAAAAUAAACACAUCAACUAUCGGUUUGUUGAAAUUUGCAACUAUCGUCAAAAAUGUGCCUCAAGGGAAUGCGAAACUUUUGGGAAAGCUUGUAAAUCCUGUCUUUGCUCUUCAGCGGCAGUUAUCAAAAUGUGUGGACGCACGAGUUUUAGAAGAAGAGUUGCCAGUUUUGAACACUAUUGAAUCGUCCUUGCAAACUAUUUUGGAAAUUGUUCAGAAAACUGAUAAUUAUGAGAAGUUUGAUAUUAAAGAAUUGUCUCAACCUCUGGAUGGCUUACAAAAUACAAUAAUUACUGUAUGCAAUAAAGCAGUUUUGAUAGAAGUGCCUCCAGGGCAAGAGUCCGUGUUACAAAAAUUACUAGAACCGUUAGAAAGUGUUGUCAAGGCUGUUAUUGGUAUCCAAACCGAAUUAUCAAACAAGAAUGCUUUGCGGAAUAUGUCACAACGCGUUAAAGAAAAAUGUAAGGAAAUAAAUCAAAAAUUGGAUAAUCCUGAAUUAAAAAAUAUCGCAAACCUCGUGCAUUUGAUGCUAAACAGUUUAGAAAACAUAGAAUAUGAAGAGGCUUCGCUGAUUUUGGAAAACUCGCUACCUCAUUUGGAGAAAAUUGUUGGUAAAAAAGUAACUGUAGGUGGACCUAUUGGCGAUUCUUUAGUGCGCUUUAAUACCGUCUUUGCCGAAACAGUGAAAAUUAAUAAAGAGGAGUUAACUACCACAAACAUAUGCAAUUUGUUUAAUUGUUUAGAAAAUUUGACAAAUGCGCUUGCAUCUGAAAUAAAGGUCAGUGUGGUCGAAAAAUUGAAAGAACCUUUGAAACAAAUCGAACAUGAAGUCGCUUUGUUAUCUUCUCAAGUAGAUUCGUGCCCAGAACCGAAGAAAGCUAUAAUGUCGUUGGCUGAAAUCGCUUUGCCUUUACAAAAAUUAGAAGAAGGAGUUCAAAAAUCAGAAGAAAUGAUAUCGGAGUCAGCAGAAGAGUUAACACUACGACAAGAAACUUUAGGAAAAGUUAAAGAACCUUUAGAAAAACUGUCUAUUCUGAUGACAUCAGUUCAAGAAAACUUGCAAGCUCCACAAGUAACUGAACUUGAGAAACAGCAUUUAAAGGAAGCUCUUGUUUGUUUCAAGGAAAAUUUGGAAUUUAUAAAAUCGUCACCGGUCACACACGCGACUAUCAUUAACCAGUCUCUGGAAGCUUUAACAGCUAAGAUUGAAGAAGUUUGGGAAGCUACGGAAAAAGAACAGUUGGUUGAAGAAGAGGAGGAAAAGUCGGCAACUAGUGAACCGAUCAUCAACGAAUUUAAAUCCGAAAACCUCACAGUAAUAGAAAACUUUGAGAAAUCUUUAUCCGAUUCAAGAAAUAUCUUAAGAGAAUUCGUUAAUAAAGUGAGAAACGUGAAAGGCCAUGAAGACUUGAUUGCUUAUGAAGAACUCGAUGACGGGUUCUUGUUUCUGCUUGAAAGUUUACACAACUUGGCUAAUUUAAUCAAUAAAGAUAAAGUGCAAGACUUAAGCCUGCAAAACUUAGACAUGUUAAAUAGCACAAUGGGGGAGUUUACAACUUUUACUAAACAACUUUCGUUGAUUGACGACUCUUUAAAUAAACCUGAAAUCCGUAAAAGGAAAAGUGAACUAAAUAACUCUCUUACACAACUUAAAAACAAAACUCAAGCUCUUAUAAAAUUAUCUUCGGAAGUUAAAUCACUGCAACUGGUUGUAGAGCCGCUAAAAUUAAUUAUUUUGAAGAUCGAUUACAUUGAAAAUGAAAUUAGAAAAUCGGAACUUGCAAAUCUUUCAACAACUAAUAUUAUUAAUAAUCCAGUAGAAGAUUUGUGCAAGGAAUUAAAAGCUCUAGAAGCUGCAGUUUCAACUGCAACACCAAAACAGGCAACAGUAAGCAUCAUUGAAACGCAAGGAGUUUUAACCAAUUUUGUGAAAGCUUUAAUGCAAACCGAAAAAGACUUUAACAUUUCAGGAAAAGACAUUCCAAUAGAAGUUACAGAAAAAGUGAAACGAAUUAAAGAACCAUUGCUAAACUUUUCGGUGGUUGUAGUUGAACUUAGAAAUUCACUCGGAAAACCGCGUCUGCAAGAACGUAGUAAAAAGUUACAGCAAGCAGUUGUAACACUAAAAGAACAAGUUGAUCAAUUACUUGAAUCGAUUCCACAAAACGAGGUUCUGUCACAACAGACAAGAGAGUUGUCGGUGAAAUUAGAAGAAAUCCAACAAAGACUUACAGCUGAAGAACAGUUAAUCGUUCAAGAAAAUACACAAAUCGUUAAGGAUCUUGCAGAACCUAUCAUUACUUUAUCACAAGCGGCAUUAUCAUUAAAUGCAAUGGUAGAACAGCAAAAAAUUUCACCCCAACAGGGAGUACUAAAUGUUGUUGAUUUGAAAGACAGUGUAGUUUCACUAGUCAGUGCGUUACAAGAAACUGAAAGACAUUCCAAUGUAUUAUGUGAAGAAAUACCCGAAGAUGUCAAAAUUACGAUAAGUGAUAUUAAGGAACCUUUAGAAAAGUUAUCUGUGGUCAUUGGCAACAUCAACUCAGCUGCAAAAAACGCAAAAAUACAAGAUGUUGAUAAAUCUGAAGUUUGCGACGUUUUAAAGGCCACAAAAUUCAAGCUAAACCUAGUAGGGGAAAAAUUUACUGAAUGUAGAAUAUUACAAGAAGUUGAGACACCUAUUAAAACACUUACCUUUAAGUUAGAAGAAAUUGAAAAUCGAAUAAGAAACGAACAACCUGUUGAAAAAACUGUUUUGUCUCCUAUAACACAAUUAGUUAGUGAAAUAAAAACAUUAAAGGCGGAGAGCAAGUCCGUCGAAAGUGUUUCACAGAAAGGUAUCCUCGACAUUACUGGAAUAGAACAAGAAGUGGCAGCUUUGGAAGAAGCUGUAGUGAGUUGUGAAGAAGGUAAUGCUUUGACUGAAUUAGAAAAUCUGAGACAGCCGUUAGAAGAACUACGUUUGGUGGUUUCGGAAGUUAAAGACAGUCUUAACAAACCGGAAAUUCAAGAACCUCUCAAAGCAAAAGUAGCAAAGAGGUUAGAAAGUGUAAAAUGUGAGUUAAACCAAGUUGCGGAAGCUAAAAUUCCCGAAGUAUCUUCACUUGCUGUUAAAAAACUCUCGGCGAAAUUAUCGGAAAUUAAGGACGUUAUUGAAACAGAAAACACAACCGUUGAAAAAGUACGUGAGGCAACAAAAGUAAUUCUCCAGCCUGUUGGUCAGCUGAAAGAUCAAAUACAUAGUUUACGAAUUACUGUUUCUGAUAUUAAAGUAACACCCCAACAAGGCAUUUUAAGUAUUAUUGAAAUUGAAAACGAUUUGACUAACUUACAAGAUGCUCUGACAGUUUCUCAGCAAAUGUCUCUUGAGGAAGCAGAAAAAAUAAAACCAGAAGAAAUACAACAGCUUCAAAAUCUAAAACAGCCUUUAGAAAAACUCGCUGUUGUUAUGGUUGAAAUGAAGAAUAUUGUUAAUAAACCUGAAGUCCAAGAACAACAAAAUGUAGAAAUCAAAAAAGCAAUACAAGCAUUAAAAUGUAAAUUAGAAAUAGUUACGCAAAUAACUCCGGAAGUAAAAAGCUUGGAAACCUCACUCUUAGCAGCAAAGCAGCUUGCAGCUAAAUUAUCAGAAGUGGAAAAGUUAAUCGAAACUGAAGAAAAACCAAAAAUGAUAGCUGAAGAAAUAGAAAUGAUUCGUCAACCUCUGGUUGACCUGAAGCAGGAAAUUCAAGCCUUACAAUUAGACAUUAUCGAUGUCAAACUAAAACCACAACAAGGAGUUUUAACCGUUGUAGGGAUUGAGCAAAAUCUUCUGAAUAUCGAAAAUGCCUUAGCUUCUGUAGAAAAUAUUCCCGAAGAACUGACGGAAAAACUGUCAUCAUUAAAACAACCUCUUGAACUGCUUUCUUCAGUUGUUGUCGAAAUAAGAGGAACACUUAGUAAACCCGAACAUGUGGAACAGAAAAGACCAAAAGUUCGUAAGGCUAUAGAAGCGUUAAAAUGUCAAUUGGAAAAUGUUGCGACUGUAAUUCCUGAAAGUAAAUCUUUUCAAACUGUAUCAAUUGCUGUGAAGGAACUUUCGGGUAAAUUAUCAGAAAUUGAAAAGUCAAUAAAAGGAACAGAAAAAGAAGAAUUAAAAUUGCAACAAGCCGUUGUUGAACCAAUUACUACUCUGACUAAAGAAUUAAAAACUUUAAAAUCUGAAAUCAAGGAAUCUGAGGCGGUACCUCAGCAAGGUAUUUUGGAAGUUGCAGAAUUGGAACAAAGUCUCGUCAAUUUGCAAGAAUCGUUAAUUACUCCCGAAAAUUUACCUUUAGAAGAAGCACAAGUGGCAACGGAGGCAAUUCAAAACGUGCAAGCCUUAAAAGAACCUUUAGAAAAAUUAUCGGCAACGGUUAUAGAAAUGAGAACUGCUGUUAACAAGCCGGAAAUCCAAGAACAACAAAAACCUAAAGUAAAACAAGCCUUGGCAGCUUUAAAAUGCGAGUUGGAGAAGGUAUCUCAAGCAAUUCCCGAAGCAAAACGUUUAGAAACCUCUUCUGUGGCAAUUCAACAAUUAACGGCCAAAUUAUCCGAAAUAGAAGAGCAAUUAGCGGAGAAACCUAAAACAGAAUCUAUUGUUUUGUACCCUAUAUUUAAUUUGAGAUCGGAAAUUCAAGCUUUACAAGCAGAUGCCAAAGAUAUAAAACUUGCGCCUCAGCGAGGAGUCUUUGGGAUUUUAGAAAUUGAACAAAAUUUAUCAGAUUUGCAGAACGCUUUAACAGAAACCGAAAAAUUGACCACUGAAGGAAGUCAAUUCGUAGAAACUCAGUUAAGUUCUUUGAAACAGCCUUUGGAGGCCCUUUCAGCUGUUGUUGUUGAAGUUAGAAGUGCUAUUAACAAGCCGGAAAUAAUAGAACAACAACAACCGAAAGUAUACAAAGCGAUGUCUUCCUUAAAGUGUGAAUUAGAUCGUGUUAUUCAAACUAUCCCAGAAACUGAGUCUUUGAAAACUUCUAUUCUCGCUGCUAAACAAUUAUCGGCUAAAUUAUCUGAAGUUGAAGAGAUAUUACAAGAAGAAAAGAAGUUACCACAACGCCCUGAAUCACUCCAAGCUGUUCUACAACCUGUUAGCACUUUAGUUGAAGAAGUUAAAGCUUUGCGAAUAGAAAGUCAAACAGCAGCUGUACCUCAAGAAGGAAUGUUAACUGUUACAGAAAUUGAACAGACUUUGAUAAAUCUAGAAGAGGCAUUAAAAUCACCUAUUGAAGAAAGUGGAGAAUUAACAAUUCAAGCUUUGCAACAAAUGGAAUCGCUAAAACAACCAUUGGAAAAAUUAUCAGCAGUUGUAGUAGAAAUGAAAACUACCAUGAACAAACCAGAAAUUCAAGAACAACAAAAGCCAAAAAUCGAACAAGCGGUGGUAGCUUUAAAGUGCGAAUUAGAUAAAGUGGCUCAAACCAUGCCUGAAGUAAAAGGCUUAGAAACUUCGACCGUUGCUAUGAAAGCGCUUUCGGCUAAAUUAGAAGAAGUUGAAACUUCAAUGACACCGGUGGAAAAAGACAAACGAGAAGAAUUUUUGAAAAUAAUCGACGUUAUCCUGCACCCUAUUGGAAAACUUGUAGAAAAAAUAAAACUAUUAAGAAGUAACGUUCAAGAUAGGUCGCUGGUGGCGGAAGGUGUUUUGAAUAUUAUUCAGAUUGAAGACGAGAUGUUGCACCUCCAAAAAGCUAUAACUUCGAGUGAGCACUCAUUUAAAGAAAUUUCAGACAAUGUACUUAAAACAUUCAGUGAAAUGCAAGCAAUAAACCAGUCGUUUGAAAAUCUUGCUCUUGUUGUUGAAAGUAUAAUGAAACAUAUUAACAAGCCGGAAAAACUUGAAGUUCAGAGAGUUAGCAUCUGUUCAGUUAUUUCUGCUCUGCGGUACGAAUUAGAAGUUUUGCUGGACAACAUUCCAAAAAUAAAGCCUUUUGAAGCUACAUACAUCGCAGUGCAAGAAUUGUUAUCAAAAUUGACCGAAAUUGAGAAAAAGAUGCUACAAAAACACAUAAAAGUUACUCCAUCCCAAGAAGCUAUUCUGCAGCCUAUUAGCAACGUUGUUGAAGAAAUUAAAACUUUGCGGACGGAAACUACAGAAGUGGCAGCUCCACAACAAGGAAUUUUAAGUAUUGUCGAGUUAGAACAAAGUUUGAUUGAUUUAAAAGAAGCUUUUACUGUUGCUGAAGAAAUUCCAUCUGGUGAUGUUCAGAAUAUUACUCCCGAAGCGGCACAACAAAUCAAAGCGUUGAAACAACCUUUAGAAAAACUAUCAGCUGUUAUUGUUGAAAUGAAGAACGUAGCAAAUAAGCCACAAGUUGAGGAACAAAAACCAAAAAUUGAGAAAGCAAUACAAGCGGUAAAAUGUGAAUUGGAAAACAUAACUCAUUCAAUAUCGGAAGCAAAAGGGGUCGAAAUUUCAUCAACUGCUUUAAAUCAACUGUCCGCUAAAAUAGCCGAAGUUGAAAAAGUAAUGACCGUGGAAGAACCUAAACAAGAGGUGUCCAACUUAGAUUUGCAAGCAAUAAAUACGCUAAUUGAUGAAAUGACAGCUUUGCGUGCUGAUAUUGAAGAUACAGCUGUUGAUUCUCAAAGAGGAGUCUUAAGUAUUGUUGAGUUGGAUGAAAAUUUACAUAACUUGAAGGCGACUGUAGCUAGUUGUACGGAACUUACAAAUGAUGAAGUUUUGGUGGCCUUGGAACAAAUUGCUUCUUUGGUUGUACUUUUGGAAAAGUUUUCGCUAAUCACUGUAGAGGUACGAAGUGCAGUAAACAAACUCGAAGUGCAGGAAAAACUCAAACCAAAAGUGAAAAAUGCUGUACAAGCUCUCAAGUCUGAACUAGACGUAAUUAGUCAAAAAUUGCCCAAAACUGAACAUGUUAAAAUGUUAGAUGUGGCCUUAAAUAAACUUUCUUCCAAGUUGUCUACUAUUGAUUCCAAGAUCGAAUUAGGCACACAAGAAACGAAAACAGAGUCAGAAGUUUUGAAAAUUAUGCUACAACCGAUCAUGGACCUUUCUGAAGAAAUUACAACGUUGCAAGCCGAUGUUAAAAACAUUGAUACAAUACCUCAACAAGGAGUACUUGGUGUGAUAGAUCUACAAGAAGAAAUUCUUAACUUGCAAGAAGCUAUCCUCACUUCUGAAGAAUUUUCUUCGGAAGAAGCUACAACUGUAUCAUCGGAAGCACUGGAUCAAAUCAAAUCUUUGCAAGAACCAUUACAAAAACUUUCUUCAAUCAUCGUAGAAGUUAAAAAUGUAGUUAACGUGCCAGAAGUCCGUGAAGCAAAAAAACCCAAAGUCAAAAAAGCACUUGCCGCAUUGAAGUGCGAGUUAGAUAAAGUGUCACAAAUCAUACCUGAGGCAAAAGUUUUGGAAGUUUCUUCUGCAGCAAUUCAAAAACUAUCAGCUAAAUUAUCAACCGUUGAAGCAUCAAUGGAAACAGAUCAAGAGUCUUUUAAACCGACAGAAGUCGUGAUUCAACCAAUUUUACAAUUAUCUGCAGAAAUAACAACAUUAAAAGCACGUGUUGGAGAAGUUAAAAGACCUCAACAAGGUGUCCUGUGUGUUGUAGAAAUUGAACCGGAAUUAUUAGCUUUACAAGAAGUUUUAAGUAAUAUUGAACCAAAUGCUGAUUUCAAUGUAGAUCAGUUGAAAACCUUGGCAGAACCGAUGGAAAAACUCUCUGUUCUAGUCGUUGAAGUACAACAUGCAUUAAGUAAACCAGAGAUUCAAGAACAACAAAAACCGCAAGUAAGUGCAGCAUUACGGGCCUUAAAAUGUGAGCUUGAAAAAGUUGCUCAAAACAUUCCAAAAUUAAAUGAAUUAGAAACUACCGUAUUAGCUGCCGAAAAGCUUUCUGCUAAGAUAACAGAAGUUGAGGAUAAGAUGAAAAUUGCUGAAAAGUCCACAAAAACGGAAUCAGAAGUAAUAAAAAUAAUACUUCAACCAGUUAUGGAUUUAUCUGAAGAAAUAGGAGCAUUACAGACAGAUAUAGAAGACGUGAAAAUAAUUCCAAAACAAGGAGUUCUUAGUGUAGUUAAACUAAAAGACGAAUUAUGCUCCUUACAAGAAGCGUUAAUUACUUCAAAGGAAUUUUCUUCUGAAAGUGUUUCAAACCUAAUUAUUGAGACGUUGCAAAAAAUUGAAUCUUUGAAAGAACCAUUAAAAUCACUUUCCGAAGUGGUAGUCGAAGUCCGUUGUGCACUUAAACGGCCAGAAAUUCGAAUUGAAAAGAAAUCGAAGGUGAAAAAAGCUCUGCUAGAUGUAAAAUCAAAAGUUGCGGAAAUUUCAGAAUUAGAAGCGAUAGCAAGUCCUUUAAACCAACUUAUAAACAAGAUAAAUGAAAUUGUGGAGUUGAUAGACGCGGAAGAAGUACCGGUUGAAAAAAUUUCGAAACUAAAAACUAGUCUGCAACCCAUAGUUACAUUAGUUGAAGAAGUAAAAACUCUAAAAGCGGAAAGUCAAAAUUUAAAUUUACAACCGCAACAAGGCCUUGUAAGUCUUGUAGAAAUUGAAGCAAGUUUAAAUAACUUGCAAGAAACCUUAAUUAAUUGUGAAGAAAGUACUACCAUUGAAGCGGCUGAAAUUGCACAAAUUGAAUCACUGAAGCAACCACUUGAAAAAUUAUCCGCUGUUAUAGUUGAAGUUAAGGAAUCUAUAAGUAAACCUGAAAUUCAGGAACAAAAACAUAAAGUGUCCAGUGCUAUUUUAGCUUUGAAAAGUGAAGUAGACACAGUCGCGCAAAAAAUUUCAAAAGCCAAACCCUUACAAACAUCGGUUGUUGCUUUGGAAAAGCUCUCAGCAAAAUUAUCUGAAAUUGACGAAAAACUAACCGAACCAGAACCAGAAAAGGUAGAAGUAAAACAACAGCAAAAAACUGAAUCGGAAGUAAUAAAGUUAAUGUUGCAACCUAUAAUGGACUUAUCUGAAGAAAUAAAAGCCCUGAAAGCAGACACUACGGAUUUGAAAAUCGUGCCUCAGCAAGGACUUCUGACUUUGGUUGACUUGGAGCAAGAAAUACAGAAAUUGCAGGAGUCUUUGAUAAGUUCUGAACAAUUUUCUUCUGAAAAUGUUGCUGACAUAACACCUUUUGCUUUAAAUCAAAUUGAAGCACUUAAGGAACCUCUGGAAGCGUUUGCUGCUAUUGUUGUAGAGGUGAGGUGUGCUAUCAAGAAGCCAGAAGUAAGAGAACAGAAGAAGCCAAAAGUUAAAAAAGCACUAUUGGCAUUACAAUCGGAGUUGACAAAAGUGAUUCAAACAAUUCCAGAAGUAAAAAUGUUGGAUUCGUCAACUGUUCCACUGACGAAACUCACAGCCAAGCUUGGUGAAAUCGAAAAAAUGGUAGACAUGAACGAACAAACACUCCAGAAAACUUCCCAGCUUCAAAAAGAGCUAAUUGAACCAAUGUCCGGUCUAGUUGGACAAUUGAAAACUUUACAAACGGAAAUUAAAGACGUUAAAAUUGCUCCACAACAAGGUGUGAUUGGAGUGACAGAGUUGGAGAAAACUUUGGUAGAAUUACAAGACACACUAAGUACUUCUGCAGAAGAAUUUGAAAGUAAGUCUCCUGAGGCAAUCAAAACCAUAAAAAUUUUGAAGGAACCAAUGGAAAAAUUGUCAGCUCUUGUGGUGGAAAUAAAGGAAACAAUCAACCAACCAGAAAUCCAACGUCAACAAAAACCAAAAGUUGGCAAAGCCUUGCUAGCAUUGAAAUGUGAACUAGAUAAAGUUACACAAACUUUACCUGAAUCCAAGCCUCUAGAAACAUCAAUCAUAUCUAUGAAAAAACUUUCAGCGAAGUUAUCGGAGGUUAAUACUCUCAUUAAUUUAGAAGAAAUUCCAACAAAAACUGAAUCGGACGUAAUAAAAUGCGUACUUCAGCCAGUUAUGGACUUAUCAGAAGAAAUAAAAGCGUUACAAGUCGAUACAAAAGAUCUUAAAUUGAAACAUCAGCAAGGAGUUCUUAGUGUUAUAGAAGUUCAGAAAGAAAUUUCUGAUUUACAAGAGGCUUUAAUCAGUUCGGAUCAACUUUCUUCCGAAGAAAUCGCUGUAAUAACACCUGAAGUGUUACAUCAAAUUGAGGCUUUAAAACAACCAUUAGAAGAAUUCUCUGCUGCCGUAAUAGAAGUUAGAAGUUGUAUGAAACAAUCAGAAAUUCGAGAAAACUGUAAACCGAAAAUGAAAAAAGCUUUGUCAAGUCUAAAAUGUGAGUUAGAAAAGGUAACCCAAGUAAUCCCACAAGCAAAAAUGUUGGAGACAUCAUCUGUAGCAAUUAAACAACUUUGUGCAAAGUUAACCAACGUGGAAGAAUUAUUGGAUCAAGAGGAACCAAUGGAAAAACCUUCUCUAUUGCAGGAAGCAGUGAUUCAGCCAGUCUGUGCUUUUACAGAGGAUUUAGAAACAUUAAAAACUGAAAUUGAAAACGUAAAACUAGUCCCACAGCAAGGUAUCAUAAGCAUUGUAGAAGUCGAAAAAGAUUUUGUUGCGUUGCAAAAAGAACUUGAAAAGUACGAACAAAGUGGAGAUAUUUCUAGUCAAGCAGCUGCCGAUGAAAUUAAAGGUUUGAAGGAACCGUUGGAGAAACUGUCAGCAGUUGUAGUUGAAAUGAAAAAUAAAAUGCACAAACCCGAAAUACGCGAAGAACAAAAACCUAAAUUAUGCAGAGCUUUAAAUGCACUUAAAUGCGAAUUGGAAAGAGUUUCACAAAAAUUACCUGAAGCGAAGCCUUUGGAAUCCUCAGUUAUAGCCAUGAAGAAGCUUUCUGCCACAAUAUCGCAAGUUGAAGACAUGAUAAAUCUACCGGAAAAGCCCCGAAAAACAGAAUCAGAAAUUAUCAAAACGAUAUUGCAACCACUAAUGGACCUUUCUGAAGAAAUCAUUGCCUUACAAGCGGACAGUACAGAUUUAAAUUUAGUUUCUCAGCAAGGAGUUCUUAGUGUUCUUGGAUUAGAACCUGAAUUAGCAUCGUUGCAAGAAGCUUUAAUAACGUCAGAACCAUUUUCGUCUGAAGAAACGGCAAAUAUAACCACUCAAAACUUAACUAAGAUUGAAGCGUUGAAAGAACCCCUGAAAGAAGUUUCAGCACUUGUGGUACAAAUAAGAAGUCAACUUAAGAAGCCAGAGAUAAGAGAACAGUGUAAGCCAAAAGUGAAGAAAGCUCUUGAAGUUUUGCAUUGUGAAUUAGAACAUGUAGCACAAAUAAUUCCUGAAGUAAAGGUUUUGAAGACGUCUUCUUCUGCAAUUGAAAAGCUUUCAGGAAAAGUCACCGAAAUCCAAAAUUUAAUUGAAAAAAGCGAUGAACAGAAAAAGAAAUCAAAGCUCACAGAAACCCUUCUUGGACCUGUGUCAACUUUAAUUGAAGAAGUAAAAGUAUUGCGGGGAAAAAAUCAAAGUUUAGAAGAAACUCCGCAACAAGGAGUGCUGAGUGUGGUAGAGAUAGAACAAGAAGUAGCUUCUCUACAGGAAGCUUUGCUCGCCUCAGAAGAAUGUGAAGAAAUUGAAAACUUAUCAUCUACAACAAUUGAAAGAAUUGAAGCAUUGAAAGAACCCAUAAAACAACUUUCUGCAGUUGUGGUGGAACUAAAAUCUGCUGCAGUCAAACCGGUAAUUGAAGAAAGUCAAAAAGAAGAAACGCAUAAAGCUUUAAUGACGUUAAAGUGUCACCUAGAUGAAAUUAAGCAAGUGCCACUUGAAGCUAAAACUUUAGAAGUUCUAACUGUUUCUUUCAAUAAAUUAUCGGCGAAAAUAUCGGAAAUUGACAGCAAAAUUGGAAAGGAAGGGGAAGACUCGAAGAGUAACAGAUUCGAGAUUAUUGUUCAACCUGUCUCAAAUCUAGUGGAAAAUAUAAAAGCUUUAAAAUGCGAGACUAAAAAAAUUGAAGAAACUGCACAGCAAGGAUUGUUGAGCGUAGCUGAAAUUGAAAAAGACCUUCUGUCUCUACAAGAAGCAAUUUCUGAUUCUAGUCACUUAACAGUAGAAGAAGUUGAAAGUAUGCCUUGUGUCGCUUUGGAACAAAUUGCUGCUUUAAAACAACCACUUGAAGAACUAUCUUCUGUGCUAAUUGAAACAAAAGCUGCAGUUAAAAAACCUGAAUUACGAGAACAAGAAAAACCAAAAUUGUCUAAGGCUUUGUGUGCUCUUAAACAUCAGUUAGAAGUAGUAUCGCACAGUAUCCCUGAAGUUAAGUCCUUAGAAAUACUAAAUUCUUCUGUUAAAAAAUUAUCGGUGACUUUAUCCGAAGUCGAAGACAAAAUCUGUGAAAAACCAAAGAAGCAAGAAUCACAUCUGACAGAAAUAGUGCUUCUUCCGGUGAAAGAAUUAUUAAAAGGAGUGCAAGCACUUCAAACUGAAUGUAAAAAAAUUAAGAAACUGCCGCAAAAAGGUGUUUUAAGUGUGGUUGAUGUUGAGAAAGAACUUCUAGUCUUGCAAGAGUCUCUACUUAAUUCCGAACAAAUGUCCAUUGAAGAAAGUCAAACAUUACCUUCUGCAACAGUGGAACAAGUAAAAUCUUUGAGUGAACCUUUGCAUCAAUUGACGGCUAUUGUUACUGACCUAAAAAAUGUUGCAAACAAACCGACUGUUCAAGAACAGAAACCUAAGGUGCAUAAAGCUGUAUUGGCCCUAAAAUGUAAACUGGAAGAAAUUGAGCAAAUUAUUCCAGAUGUGAAGUCAUUGAAGCAGUCUGCUAAUGCUGUUCAAAGUCUCCGAGCAAAAUUAUCAGAAAUUGCAAGCAAAUUUGAAGAUAAGCAAAAGUUAUGUGAAAUUAUCCUUGAACCAGUUACUAAUCUAUCGAAAGAUCUUAAAGCUUUACAUGCUGAAGCAGCAGAUGUUAAGUUAACUCCCCAACAAGGUAUGUUAAGUGUCAUACAAAUUGAAAAAGAUUUAACUGCUUUACAAAGUAGUUUGAUUGAAUCCGAUAAUCUUAUUUCUGAAACAACUGAAAGCAUAUCACCCGAAACACUGACCCAAAUAGCCACUCUGAAAGAACCGUUAGAGAAACUUUCAGCUACGCUUGUGGAAAUAAAAAGUGUUGUUGAAAAACCAGAGAUAAUCGUCAAACAAAAACCAAAGUUACAGAAAUCUGUUCAGGCAUUAAAAUGUCAACUAGAUGUAGUUUACCAAAAAGUUACUGAAACUAAAGCUCUAGAAAAGACAUUAACUGCAAUCAAACAGUUAUCAGCAAAACUGUCAGUGGUUGAAGAAGAAAUGUCAGCUCCGCAGAGGAAUAAAACAAUUUCUCAGCUGGUUUUAGAACCAGUUAUUUCUCUAACCAGCAAUGUUCAGUCUCUCAAAGCAGAAUGCAGAGACAUUUUACAGUCCAAACAAAAAGGAGUUUUGAAUAUAAUCCAAACAGAGCAAGAUCUACAAGUAUUGAAGGAAAGUAUUCUAGAAACAGAAACAUUAUCCUUUGAGGACACAGAAGAUAUAAAACCAGAAGUUUUGGAAAAAAUACAAAUGUUAUCGGAACCUCUCCAGAAAGUUUCUUCAAUAGUUGUGACUGUUAAAGAUUCCGCAAAUAAAGCAGAAGUGCAAGAAAUACAAAAACCUGAACUGAAAAGAGCAGUUAAAGCAUUAAUUGGUAAACUGGAAGAGGUUAACCACGUCCUUCAUGAUGCCAAACCACUACAAGCCACAUCCGUAGCUCUUCAAAAACUGCAGUCUUCCUUAUCUCAUAUUAUUGAAGAAGACAAAGAUGAGAAACAACUUAAAAAAACUAUCGAUUUGAAAAUUUUGACCCAGUGUAACCUGCAACUCGAGGACGAAAUGUCUUUACUCGAAAAACAAAUAGAUUUUGAAAAAAAUGUUUGUAAUGUGUUAAAGAACCUCCUUCCACUUAAAGAAGGUUUAAAACAAUUUAACUCAACCUUACUCAAAUGCCAGAAGGUGAAAGAUGAGGAGGUUAGUGAAGAUAUUUCCGAGAAAAUUAACUCGUUGAAAGAGACCUAUGAAAACGUUAUUGUGGAAGUCAUAAAAAUUAAUUCAGCUCCCAAAAAAACUGGUGUGAAGGAACUAAAAUUACUCGGAAAUCAAUUACAAAUAUUUUGUCAACAACUGGAACAAAUUGCAUCUGUUAGUGACUCAAGUACACUUGGAAAGUUACUUUCCUCUGGAUUUAAAAAUUAUUCUGAAGGCAUUGCUAGUGUGGCAAAGGCAGUGUUGAGACAAACACGACUAGAUCUUUUAAUUCUUAAAGAAGCCAAAGAAUCAUUAAUCAAAAUGGAAGGAAAGUUUUCAGCGAACACUAAAAUUAGAGAAUUUGAGGAAAACAAUCAAAACACUGAAGCUCUUCAGUUGCAGGAACUUAAUAGUCCUCUCCAAAAGCUGUCUCAUACUAUUUUAGAAAUAGAAAAUCUCAAGGAUCUACUAGAUAUGAGUGAUUUAAAUAAAAAGGACGAGCACGAUCUAACUGAACUGAAAAAUCGCCUGCACGAAUUAUCCUCAGUGAUAUUGGAAAUACCUUCAUUGGAAAGAUUUUGCAAUAAUUUAGUUAAUGUAAAGAAAAUCGCAACUGUGCUCAUAAAUGAAAAAAAUCACAACAAAUCUGUCGAGAUGCUUAAGGAAUCUCUUGAAUUGUUGUCUGAUCAAAUUACUAAAAUACAAGAUCGUAUAAACAAUAUUAGUUUUGAAUAUGUGAUUGACGAAGAAGAAAACCAACAAGAUAAAGAAGAAGCUAAGAAGAAAGCAGAGAAGAAGGAUAGAGAGGAAGCUGAGAAAAAAGCCAAAGAAGAAGCUGAAAUCAAAGCUAAAGAUGAGUUUGAAAAGAAAGCCAGAGAAGAAGCUGAAAAGAAAGCUAAAGAAGAGGCCGAUAAGAAAGCUAAGAAUGAGUCUGAGAAGAAAGCUAAAGAGGAAAUUGAAAAGAAAGCUAAGGAGGAAGCAGAGAAAAAAGCUAAAACGGAAGCUGAAAUGAAAGCUAAGCAGGAGGCUGAGAAGAAAGCUAAGGAGGAAGCAGAGAAGAAAGCUAAAGAAGAAGCGGAAACAAAAGCUAAAGAAGAGGCUGAAAAGAAAACUAUAGAAGAAGCGGAGAAGAAAGCUAAAGAGGAUGCAGAGAAAAAAGCUAAGGAGGAAGCUGAAAAGAAAGCUAAAGAGGAAAAAGCUAAGGAGGAGGCUGAGAAGAAAGCUAAGGAAGAGGCUGAAAAGAAAACUAAGGAGGAAGCUGAGAAAAAAGCUAGAGAGGAGGCUGAGAUGAAAGCUGAAGCGGAAACUGAAAAGAAAGCUAAGGAGGAAGCAGAUAAAAAAGCUGAAAUGAAAGCUAAGCAGGAGGCAGAGAAGAAAGCUAAAGAGGAAGCAGAGAAAAAAGCUAAGGAGGAAGCAGAGCAUAAAGCUAAGGAGGAGGCUGAGAAGAAAGCAAAGGAUGAGGCUGAGAAGAAAGUUAAGGAUGAAGCAGAGAAGAAAGCUAAGAACGUGGCUGAGAAGAAAGCUAAGGAAAAGGCUGAAAAGAAAGUUAAAGAGGAAGCUGAGGAGGAAGCUAGAGAGGAGGUUGAGAAGAAAGCUGAAGCGGAAACUGAAAAGAAAGCUAAGGAGGAAGCAGAUAAAAAAGCUGAAAUGAAAGCUAAGGAGGAGGCAGAGAAGAAAGCUAAAGAGGAAGCAGAGAAAAAAGCUAAGGAGGAAGCAGAGCAUAAAGCUAAGGAGGAGGCUGAGAAGAAAGCAAAGGAUGAGCCUGAGAAGAAAGUUAAGGAUGAAGCAGAGAAGAAAGCUAAGGACGAGGCUGAGAAGAAAGCUAAGGAGGAGGCUGAGAAGAAAGCUAAGGAAGAGGCUGAAAAGAAAGCUAAAGAGGAAGCUGAGAAAAAAUCUAGAGAGGAAGCACAGAAAAAAGCUAAGGAGGAAGCAGAGCAUAAAGCUAAGGAGGAGGCUGAGAAGAAAGCAAAGGAUGAGGCUGAGAAGAAAGUUAAGGAUGAAGCAGAGAAAAAAGCUAAGGACGAGGCUGAGAAGAAAACUAAGGAGAAGGCUGAGAAGAUAGCUAAAGAGGAGGCUGAUAAAAAAGCUAAGCAGGAAGCUGAAAAGAAAGCUAAAGAGGAAGCAGAGAAAAAAGCUAAGCAGGAAGCUGAGAAGAAAGCUAAGGAGGAAGCAGAGAAGAAAGCUAGAGAAGAAGCUGAAAAGAAAGCUAAGGAGGAAGCAGAGAGAAAAGCGAAGAAGGAAGAAGAAAUGAAAGCUAAGGAGGAGGCUGAGAAGAAGGCUAAAGAAGAAGCGGAAAAGAAGGCUAAGGAGGAGUCUGAAAAGAAAGCUAAGGAUGAGGCUAAGAAAAAAGCUAAGGAUCAAGCCGAAGAGAAAGAUAAGGACGAGGCUGAGAAGAAAGCUAAGGAAGAGGCUGAGAAAAUAGCUAAAGAGGAGGCUGAUAAAAAAGCUAAGCAGGAAGCUGAGAAGAAAGCCAAAGAUGAGGCUGAGAAGAAAGCUAGAGAAGAAGCUGAAAAGAAGGCUAAGGAGGAAGCAGAGAAAAAAGCUAAAAAGGAAGCUGAAAUAAAAGUUAAGGAGGAGGCUGAGAAGAAAGCUAAGGAGGAAGCAGAGAAGAAAGCUAAGAAAGAAGCUGAGAAAAAAGCUAAGCAGGAAGCUGAGAAAAAAGCUAAGGAGGAAGCUGAGAAGAAAGCUAAGGAGGAGGCUGAGAAGAAAGUUAAGGAGGAAGCUGAGAAGAAAGCUAAAGAGGAAGCAGAGAAAAAAGCUAAAAAGGAAGCUGAACUAAAAGCUAAGGAGGAGGCUGAGAAAAAAGCUAAAGAAGAAGCUGAAAAGAAAGCUAAGGAGGAAGCAGAGAAAAAAGCUAAAAAGGGAGCUGAAAUACAAGCUAAGGAGGAGGCUGAGAAAAAAGCUAAAGAAGAAGCUGAAAAGAAAGCUAAGGAGGAAGCAGAGAAAAAAGCUAAAAAGGAAGCUGAAAUAAAAGCUAAGGAGGAGGCUGAGAAAAAAGCUAAAGAAGAAGCUGAAAAGAAAGCUAAGGAGGAAGCAGAGAAAAAAGCUAAAAAAGAAGCUGAAAUAAAAGCUAAGGAGGAAGCAGAGAAGAAAGCUAAACAGGAAGCUGAUAAGAAAGCUAAGAAUGAGGCUAAGGAUGAAGCAGAGAAGAAAGCUAAGGAGGAGGCUGAGAAGAAAAUUAAGGAGGAAGCUGAGAAGAAAGUUAAGGAGGAAGCUGAGAAGAAAGCUAAAGAGGAAGCUGAGAAGAAAGCUAAAGAAGAAUCUGAAAAGAAAGCUAAGGAGGAAGCAAAGAAAAAAGCUAAAAAGGAAGCUGAAAUGAAAGCUAAGGAGGAGGCUGAGAAGAAAGCUAAGGAGGAAGCAGAGAAGAAAACUAAGGAGGAAGCUGAGAAGAAAGCUAAGGAUGAGGCUGAGAAGAAAGCUAAAGAGGAAGCAGAGAAAAAAGUUAAAAAGGAAGCUGAAAUGAAAGCUAAGGAGAAGGCUGAGAAGAAAGCUAAGGAGGAAGCAGAGAAGAAAGCUAAGCAGGAAGCUGAGAAGAAAGCUAAGGAUGAGGCUGAGAAGAAAGCUAAAGAAGAAGCUGAAAAGAAGACUAAGGAGGAAGCAGAGAAUAAAGCUAAAAAAGAAACUGAAAAGAAAGCUAAGGAAGAGGAUGAAAAGAAAGCUACAGAAGAAGCAGGAGCAGAAAAAACUAAAGAUAAAGUGAAAGAAAAAGCUGAAGACAAGAAUAAAAAGGUUAAAGUAGAAACUAAUGAAGGAGUUGACAUAAAGGCUAAAGAAAAAAUGGAAAGUAGGUCCAAGAAGAAGGAACAAGAGGCAGGCGAAAUAAAGGUUAAAGAUCAAACUCUCAUAAAAGACGGAAAGGAACUUGUAGAGAAAAAUGAACAAAAGAUAACGAAGAAAUUAAAAAAAGCAGGAAAAACGGAGUUUAAUAACCACAUUAAUGAAGAGGUUAACGGUGAAUGUAGUACGUAUAAAUCCCAAACCUCGAUUCAGUAUGAUAACGAACUCUGCAAUGGUGAAGAUAAAUCAGGAUUUGAAAUAAAAAGAAACAAACAAUUUGAAGGAAGAGCAUUUUAUGACGACAAUUUAGAAAUGUUUAAACCUCAAAGUUAUCACGGACCUAGAUUUGCCGACAGAAAACCAAUUUUCAGCACAAGUUUAACAGAUCGUUUGGCAACGGUCAAUUCCAGAGUAAAACUUACUUGCAGUGUUAUUAAUGCAGAGAAUGUAACUACAGUGUGGUUGAAAAAUGGAAAAUCUCUUACACAGACAGACAAAUACGACAUUUCAUUUACCAACGGUUUGGCAACUUUAGAAAUAUUAAACACCACAAUAGAAGAUUCAGGCGAAUACAGCUGUAUAGCCAAAAAUGAACACGGCGUAAGCACAACAUUCGCCUGUUUGAAAAUUUUGGAAGCUAUUGACACCACAGUGGUCCCACCCACGUUCACAAGACGACUGAAGGAUUCAUACAAGAUUUCGGAGGAUGAGCUAACCCUUGAAUGUCGAAUCAGGUAUUCAAACUCUCACAAUAUCAAGUGGUACAAAGACAACUUUGAACUUCAAAGUGGCGGAAGAUACCGACAGAGCUAUUCCGCAGAUGGAAUUUGUAAACUUGCGAUUAAAAACCCAAACAAAAGUGAUACUGGAAGAUAUACAUGCAAGGCAGAAAAUGACUUAUGGAGCGACCAAGUCUCUCACGAAAUUAAUUUCACAUCAAAGGAAGAUUACGUCGCUGAGAAAUACAAAACAAAAAGUGUUCCCAAAGGGCCACGUGAGCAACACAAGCCCUACUUUGCGGGGGUAUUGACGGACCAUUUGGUACCCUCAAGGGGAAUUAUGGCCCUUCAGGUCGAAAUUAAAGGGCCUGCUGAAGUUACAUGGUUUAAAGAGAGCCAUAAGUUACCCAAGGCAUCUCCACGACAUCGAACCUUUGAAGAGCGUGGAGUUCACACUCUUCUCAUUCCUAACGUGACCGAAUACGAAGCCGGGAAGUACACCUGUAGGGCAUCUAAUGUCUUUGGGCGAAGCGAAACUAGUUCGUAUGUGCAAAUUAUUCAUCCGUCUUCAAUUCGUGAUGGAAAACCGGCAAUGUUUCUCUCAAGACCUGACACUGUGAUGACUGUAACUCCCGAAUCGGACAUUACCGUCUCUUUUAGAAUUACGGGAGACCCCAAACCAUCAAUUGUUUGGAUGAAAGGACUGCGCGACAUAACAACGACCCACAGGACUUUCAGGGAAACAUCCGACGAUUACAACAGACUAACCCUGAAAAGGGCCACCGAGGACGACGUCGGUACUUAUUGCAUUUUGGCGCGGAAUCGUUUUGGCACCGACAGAGCCUUUUUCACUGUUCGGUUGCGCCACAGGGCGCGAUCUGUGACCCCAACCAAGGAGACAACUCAAUCAAUCCUGACCGAUAUUCCAAGCUUCCAGGAGAGAAAAUACUUCACCGACGUUCCGGGUCCCAUCACCGGCGAGCCCGUGGUGGUGGACACCGGUCGCAACUGGAUUUCGCUUUCCUGGGGCAAGCCAGAGCACCGAGGAGCAGCCCCCGUGAUAGCGUACAAAAUCGAAGCAUGGCUUCGAGGCGGGGAAGAAGCAAGAUGGACCGAACUCGGAAUCUCGCCUCUGAACAGCUUCGAUGCAUUCAAUUUGAAACCCGACGGCGAAUACCAAUUCCGCAUAACACCGCGAAACAGAUACGGAUGGGGAGAGAGCGUCCAAAGUGGCGCAAUCGUAAUUGGAAGAACAGUAAACUUACCCGAAUUUAUACGAAUUUUGCCCGGCCAAUUGAAAGUUUUAUUGGGUUCAGACAUUUCACUGGAAUGCGAAGUCAGGGAAGAUCCGUCGCUGGGAAUCCGGUGGUUCCGGGAUGCCAACGAGGUGUUCCCUGAGGAUGAUGACAGGUACCAAGUCGGGUACAAGAACGGGAUUUGUACACUGUCGAUAAGCCGGAUUAAUAGUAAUGAUGAGGGGAGAUUUAUGUGCGAGGCUACAAAUAAAGCUGGCAGGGUUUCAACAUUUGCGAGAGUUUUUACUGUUAGCGAUCCAAAAAUUUUAUCGGCUGAUAAAAAUUUGAAACUAGGAAUUAGUGAUUAUGAUAAGACCACUUCGUUGCCACCACAAUUUACCAUGAGACUGAGAGACCGAAGAGUUCAAGUUUCGUAUCCAGUGCGUCUCACUUGCCAGGUGGCUGGAUGUCCAGAACCGAUGAUUAAAUGGUUCAGAGAUGACGUAGAAAUAAAACAAGACGCACGUUUCCAAUUCUCGUCCGAGGACCAUUUCCAUACUCUCGAAAUCGCCAAAACAGUCUUGGAAGAUUCAGGAAUUUACUGUGCAGUGGCUCGCAAUAACCACGGCUCGGUUUCCUGCCGAUGCAAUUUGGUGGUGGACAAAGGUAUCCGCGCUUACAUCUCUCCACAGUUCCAAAACCAGCUGGAACCAUCAAUUAGUGAAAUAAAAGAAGGGAAAGAGCUGCGUUUGACCGGCAAAGUUCAGGCCUACCCGGCAGUCGGAGUCAACUGGUACAAAAACGGGGUUCGUUUGAGACCUUCGAGGAAGUCCAUAAUGACUCUAUCAUACGACGGAAGAGUGGCUCUUACUGUUACCUCGAUAAAUAAGAGAGAUGCAGGCGUUUAUACUUGCGUUGCCGCCAAUGAAGUUGGCCGGGCUGAAAGUAGCGCUACUGUUGAAGUUGUUGAAGUUGCAGCAGAUGCGGAGGCUGAUGCUGCUGUGGCGAAAAUACCGCCUCUAGGAAAAGACGUUCCGUAUUCAAAGGAGCCCAAAUUUUUGAAGAAACCCAGGUCCUCGGAGGCCUUUGAAGGUGACAACAUCGUCAUUUUAUGCGAAGUCAUUGGUGAUCCAAAACCCGAAGUCGUAUGGCUCAGGGACUUCUUGAAGCCUGAUUAUUAUAAAGAUGCAUGUCAUUUUCUUCGCAUUGGAGACGGGCCGGAAUAUCGACUCGAAAUACCUAAUGCGAAGCUAGAUUUCACCGGAACUUACACGGUGUAUGCCAAGAACUGUCACGGGGAUGCUAAGGCCAUCAUUUCUUUACAAAUCAAAGUCAGAGACGACUCACACUUGGGUAAAAUGGAAAAUGGCAAAAAAAUAAGCAACAUCCAAACUGUUCCCUCAAUCGUACAAGAACUGAAAGACUUGCGAUGCUGUGACGGCGACAGUGUCGCUUUAGAAUGCAAGCUUGGGGGAAACCCGCCCUUUGAUGUUAGGUGGGAAAAAGAAGGGAAGUUGAUCCAUCUAGGGGACGAUUUCCUUGCGGAAUUUGACGGCGAAACUGCCACUUUGUCCAUCAAGCAAGUGUACCCUGAAGAUGAGGGCGAAUACACUUGUGUGGCUUACAACGACUUGGGGAAAGUGUUCACGUCUGCUUGUCUAGUAGUGGACUUGCCCGAAGAAAAGGAAAACCUCCUCAAACAACAACUACGACAACCGUCGAACCUAACAGUUAACUCAGCCACCACGAGGGCUUCACGAAGUGUUUCUCCCCUUCCUCGCCCCCUUGCGUACCCCCCUGUGACCAGUCGAGGGUAUCGCAUCAGGGCUGCGCCCCCGAAAUUCUACGCAAUUCCCCACAACCGGGUCGCCGAAGAGGGCGAAACUGUCCGGUUUCAGUGCGCUGUGGCCGGCCAUCCGGACCCUUGGGUGACCUGGUCAAAGGACAGCUCUCCCCUCUCUUCGUCCUCCAGGAUCACCAUAACGGAGGUGGACGAUUUGAGGAUUCUGGAAAUCCGGGAAGUCACUCCACUGGACUCCGGGACUUAUAAAGUUGUCCUAGAAAACGAUGUUGGAAGAAUUGAAGCUUCAGCAAGACUGGAGGUAAUUUCGCACCGGUUUGCUUCAGCCAGAGGUCUCCGAGCCCGGAGUCUGUCGCCCAAACCUCACGAUUCGUAUGGAAGGGGUUUUGGGGGUAGUUCAGUGAGGUACGGGAGUACGGCCCGACUUUUCUACGAUAUUCGUUCCGUACCUACCCCUUUUUUGAAGUGGUACAAAGACGGUGUCCCUGUUGGGGAUUCAGCCAAGUUUGAAUUCUCCUAUGAUAAGGUGGUCGCCUGUUUGGUUAUCAAAGAAGCUACGUUUGGGGACCAAGGCUCGUAUAAAUGCGUUGCGACAAAUGAUGAGAAUUCGACAGAAUCUAGCGUUGAGUUGAAGAUAAUCGAGGAACAACUGGCACCGAGGAUUACUAGUCCUCUGCCUAAAUCGCUCAGUGUUAGUGAAGGAAGUCCGGUGACGCUGCGACUGGAGGUUACCGGAAGGCAGCCGUUUGAUGUUGUUUGGAUGAAGGACGGAUGUGUGUUACCGGACUGCGCCCAAUUCCGGCAAAGUUGCGAAGAAGAUUGUGUUGUCUUAGCAGUGAGCGAUGCCAAGUGCCAAGACUCGGGCAGCUACACAUGCGAAGUCUACAAUUUGUUUGGAGAAGCUUCUGCGAAAUGUCAGCUGGUGGUUCAUGAAAAGUGCGCUAAAUCAGUCGAAUUUGCAAAAUUCCCAGCGCCGGUUGUCACAACUCCGGGAAAAACUGCCAGUUUUUGUGUCAGAGUGAAGAAUGCGGACGCAGACAAACCGAAAAUCUCAUGGGAAGUUGCCGGAGUUCCCGUAACUGUAGGCAGCAGAUUCCAGGUAGAGGAAGAUGGUGACGUCGACAUUCUCCACAUUACCGGAGUGACACAUCUCGAUGUUGGUGAGGUAAAGUGCACGGCUACGAAGCAGUCGAAGUCGGCGACUAGCGCAGAAGCCAUCACUUGUAGCACUCAACUGACAGUCGUGCCGGACUUGGAUAGCUUCGCUGUGCUUGAGGGUAGCAGUGCUAGUGCAGCCUCCAUGGAGGCGUUGAACGGAGUGUCUUCGGGAGUUAACAGUGGUGUGAUGGUGGUGUCCGAAAUCGACGAACCCGCGAUGCUCCUGAGGAAGCCGCAAGACACCACGGCACUAGUAGGUGAUAGGGUGCUGCUCAAGGCCACCUAUAUGGGUCAUCCGGAACCUACGGUCCGGUGGACGAAAGCGGGUAAAGAAUUAAAGAACGAUGAACGGACCAGUAUCACAUCUGGCGAUGGUGUUUCUUGUCUGUUGUUGCAAAACAUCACCACUGACGACAGCGGAAAAUACGACGUUUCCGUAGAAAAUCGUUUCGGGGCCGAUUCAAAUUACGCAUCUGUUUCAGUUGAAGGACCCCCGGACCCCCCAAGCGGAAAGCCAUGCGUUUCCGCUGCCAUGGACAGCGUCACCGUAGCGUGGAGCAGCUCACCUUACGACGGAGGAAAAAUAGUCACAGGUUUCGCCGUCGAAUACUCCCUAGCCGGCAGCGAUGUUUGGACGACGGCCACCGAAAAUUGUUACUCUUUGAGUUACACGGUCAAAGGACUCCAACACGGGGCCCGAUACGUGUUCCGAGUUUGUGCACAAAACGUGCACGGUUACAGCAAACCUAGUCAAGAGUCGGAUCCCUUACUUUUAGAAGAAAGAACUGAUUCGGGCUUUGAGCCGCGAAUUGUCACUCUGGAGCCGGGGCCGGAAUUCAAAUCGCGAUUUGAAGUUUUAGAGGAGUUGGGCAAAGGACGAUUCGGAGUCGUCCAUAAAGUUAUGGAUAAAGCGAGUUUGCAGAAACUCGCCGCUAAAUUUAUUAAGUGUAGGACGUCCAAAGAUAGGGAUAAGGUGCAGGAAGAGAUCGAUAUUAUGAAUCUUUUAAGGCACCAGAAGCUUUUGCAACUCGCUGCUGCGUUUGAUAAUCCCAAAGAAAUGAUCAUGGUGACGGAAUAUAUCUCCGGUGGAGAAUUAUUCGAGCGUGUGGUCGCCGAUGAUUUCACUUUGACUGAAAAAGACUGUAUCCUCUUCAUGCGCCAAAUAUGCGAAGGCGUGGCUUACAUGCAUAGUCAAAACAUAGUCCAUUUAGACCUUAAACCGGAAAACAUCAUGUGUCACACUCGAACUUCGCACGAAAUCAAAAUUAUCGAUUUCGGUUUAGCCCAAAAACUCAAUCCCGACAAACCCAUUCGGGUACUUUUCGGUACUCCGGAAUUUAUUCCGCCUGAAAUAAUAAAUUACGAGCCUAUCGGAGUCGAGUCCGAUAUGUGGUCUUUGGGUGUCAUCUGUUACGUAUUAUUAUCCGGUCUUUCACCAUUUAUGGGAGACAAUGACGCUGAAACUUUCGCCAACAUCACCAGAGCAGAUUACGACUUUGAAGACGAGGCUUUUAACACAGUCUCGCAGAAUGCCAGAGAUUUUAUCGCCGCGCUUUUGCUCAAAAGAAGAGAAGAUAGGCUAUCGGCCGAGCAGUGCCUGAAACACAUUUGGCUAGACCCCGAAAGCCAUAAAAAUACCGUAGUGCUCUCCACCGAUAAACUCAAGAAAUUCAUAAUAAGACGCAAGUGGCAGAAAACCGGAAACGCAAUCCGCGCUUUAGGACGAAUGGCCACUCUCUCGGCAAGUAGACGUAACUCAGCAAAUUCAACUCCUAGCACUCCUAGACCAUCGAUAACCGGUUUAAAAAUGUCCAGUCUCAACGAAGAAAACACAAACGGUGUCUCACCAUUUGAAAAUGAGAUUAAGUCCUUACCUGAAGAAGUCUUAUGUAACGAUAAUGUGGACUCAUUUAAAGAAAACGGGUUUGAAGAAAUCGAAAACAAAAAAGUAACACGUACUAGAGCCCACAGUGAGCGUAGCGAUAGUGGAGUGAGUGACUGUUCCUCUCAUUUGACGAGUAGCUCUUGCACGUCUACUCCUCUUUUGGGCAAGAAGUUCCCGAUCAAUGAAGAACCGGAACCGCAACGUAAAAUUUCAGACAACGAAACGUCGCCGAAAUUCGUUUCUAACACUUCCAUAAUUUUGAGUCCUGCUUGUCGCACUAAACCCGCAAAAAUCGACGAAAUAAAAAGACCAGAUGUAUUAAAAUUGGAAAGUAAAAUUGAUACACUAACCAAAAAGGUGGCGAAAUCAAAAUCACCAAGUUCGACAGGCAGCCUAAAGCGGCUGCCCAUCUAUUCGUCCCGAUCCGUGGCCAAAACCAUCAAGAAAUUCGACCAAAUUGACGCACCGCCAAAACCGUUAGAUAGUCGCAAUAAUAAUUUAGAGCAAGCUAAGCCCAAUAAAACCGAAAAGAGUGACGUGGAUCUGCUCGAAGUUAAUAACAAGCUGAAUAAACCCGCUUCCUCUCCCGUGGCGCAGAAAAAAUCGUUAAGUAGUCCUAAAUCUCCCAAACCCGUAGAUGAUAGAAACGAAAAAGUCUCCUCUAAGUCAAACGUAGAAAAAAUAGUCCAGAAAAUAUCGUCCACUAACGGAACCAAUAACUUGAAACCUCCGAGUGUGAAAUACAAGUGUCCCUCGCCGUCCCUCUUGAGGAAAACUCAAGCGGUUCUAGCCAAAGAGCAAUCAAACGAAUAUUACAUGUCCAAACAUAGCAAUUCGAACCAAUUGAAUGAUCAAAUUUCAAAAACGUGUCCGAAAUCGCCGGCCGUGAAUCGAAAAGACAAACCAAAAAGCGCAAGUUUUCAGAAAGCGGCCGCUUUCUGGAACUCGCCGAAAAGCUAACUGACGCGUCGUAGUACCUAUAUGUUUAAUGUAUAUAAUUUUAUCUCCUGUGUAAUUAGUGCCUUAAGAUGUAUAAAUAUUUAGAGGUAGGUCUGCUCUACUGUUCUAACGUUUUGUGUUUUUAAAGAGCUGUUGUAUCCUCCAGUAAUGUACCUAUACUCGUGUAACAAUGACUAAAAUAAAUUAUAUUUAUUAUU